GAUGCCUAUUUUCCGUUUCCACUUUGCUUCACCUUCUUCGGGUUAGGAGAACGGCUUCAACUGCGAACCUUGGCACAUCGCUGGCGUCAAGAGCUUGAGGCCAGCCGUUGCGACGCCGAAAGUUACGGCUUCACGGCGUUGGGCCGUGCAGCAGAGAAGGGACUGAGCGCAUUGUGCUGGCGGCUACUGCGUAUGGGCGCAGAUGUCAAUGCUCCUAGCAGACAGGAUGACUUGACGCCACUGAUGUGCGCUGUCUUUGGUGGCCAACUGGAGACCUUGGAUAUCUUGCUGCGCAGCAGGGCAGAUGUCAACCAGCAGAACAAUACCAAAUGCACAGCCUUGAUGCUCGCGGCUGAUUUGGGACACCAAUGCUUACUUCGUCGCUUGCUGUUUGCAAAGGCUGAUGUAACUUUGCAGGCUGGGGAUUCCACAACGGCACUGACAUCGGCAGCCCAGAAGGGACAUUUCGAGGUGGUGGAAGAACUUCUUCAGCUCGGCCAGGAGAAAUCGUCCCUGGCCGAUGCUCUAUGGUGGGCGGCCGAAUAUGGCCAUGCUUGCAUCGUAGAGCGCCUCUUUCACUACAAUGUGGAUCUCAACUUGGUUGGCGAGGAUGGUUCAGGUUCAGCUGGUGGAAAGGCCUUGCGCAUAGCUGCUCACAAGAAUAAGGGUGAUGUGAUCCAAGCUCUUCUCCUUGGACGUGCAGACGUCAACGCAACCUCUGCCAAUGGUUUCGGUGCACUGGCCGUAGCAUGCCAGUACGGCUCAGACCGUGUCGCGCACAACUUGUUGGCGAGUUUAGCUGAUGUGAAUGCACGGGCGCUGAAUGGACGCACGCCCUUGAUGAUUGCCUGUACCUUCGGUCAUUGCAUGGUUGUGGAGGAGCUGCUCCGCUUUCUUGCGGAUGUGCAUAUGAGGGAUCGUGAGCAGAACACUCCACUGUUGCUGGCUGCCCAAUCUGGACACACGCGGAUCAUUGAAGCUUUGCUACGGCGGAAUGCCGAGGUGAAUGCAAUGGGGCAGUGUGGGUGGACAGCCCUGAACUUAGCGGCCAGCUUUGGACACCUUGUGGCCGUUCGUUCACUGCUGCUGAGCCGUGCCGAUGUCCAGAUUUGCGACGAGGCGCAGGAGACUCCU